GCAUCAAGACUUGUCAGAGAGCAACACAAUAGCAGAUCACAGCCACCAACUGCUCCCUAGUCCUAGCGUUGAGGAAAUUCUCUAAAUAUCUACUGCCAGAGAGAACAGUGUCGGGAUACAAAGACGACUGCAGAUCACCACUCUGUCAGAUCUCAUGGCUCCAUUUCUAUUCCUGUUGUUCCUUCUUUCUGAAGCAGCUUCUGGCCUGAUUGUAGUAACAGUGGAUCCUGGAGAUGAUGCCAUUCUGCCAUGUCAGGCUGCUGAUUCCUCCAUCAGAGUUGUAGAGUGGAGCAGACCUGACCUGAAGCCAGAUGACAUCCUCUAUUUCAGAGAUGAAUACUGGAAUACAACCUACCAGCAUCCAGACUAUAAGGACAGGGUGGAGCUGGUGGACAGAGAUCUGAAGGGCAAAGACAUGUCUUUAAUUCUGAAGAAUGUGAGCAGACAUGACACUGGAACAUACAAGUGUAUAGUUAUAACCCGUGGUUCUGGACGUACAAAGGGAGACACUGACUCUUACCAAAUCAUAACCAUCCGUCUGCAGGUUAUAGACCUACCUGUGGUACCAGUGCGCCCUGGAGAUGAUGUCAUUCUGCCAUGUCAGGCUGCUGAUCCCUUCAUCAGAGCUGUAGAGUGGACCAGAGCUGACCUAAAGACAGAUAACGUCCCUCUUAUACAGAGAUGGAUACCUGGAUCCAACCUACCAGCAUCCAAACUUUAA